UAAAUUGGGGCAAGAAACAUAUAGCGGCUAGCCACUGUCCCAAGCCCAAUUGGAUCCGCCGUCUUUUGGAUUAAAACCAAUAUAUACAUACAAGACAAAGCCCAUUGCCUAUUUUAAUUUUUUCUUCUUCUACUUCCUACUGUGCGAUUCAAAAUUGAAAGCGCACGGUGAUUGCAGCGGGAGAUCCAAACGGUGGUUCGUCUCUACCUCAGAGUUGAGAGCCAGCCGGGAUCUUCACCGGCUACAAUUCCAGAGAAAUAUCAGUUAUGGCGUCAGAACCUAUGGCUUUAGAAAAGGAGCCAAUGCCCUUUAAUGCCGGUCCUCCAAGAAAGCCUCGGAUUUUACUGGCAGCUAGUGGAAGCGUUGCAGCCAUGAAGUUUUCUAACCUAUGCCAUACCUUUGAAGAAUGGGCAGAAGUAAAAGCUGUGGCUACAACAGCAUCUUUACACUUCAUUGAUAGAUCUUCACUUCCCAAAGGUUUAGCGCUAUACACUGAUGAGGAUGAAUGGUCCAGUUGGAAGCAAUUAGGAGAUAGUGUUCUCCAUAUUGAGCUCCGUCGUUGGGCUGAUAUCAUGGUCAUUGCCCCGUUAUCAGCAAAUACACUAGCCAAGAUUGCUGGGGGACUAUGCGACAACUUACUGACUUGCAUUGUGCGGGCAUGGGACUACAAAAAGCCAAUCUUUAUUGCACCAGCCAUGAACACCUUGAUGUGGACCAAUCCUUUUACAGAAAGACAUCUCAUGGCGCUUGAUGAGCUUGGAAUUACUCUCAUUUGUCCUGUCAGUAAGAGAUUAGCGUGUGGGGAUAUUGGAAACGGAGCAAUGGCUGAACCUUCUUUAAUCUACUCGACUGUUAGACUCUUUGCAGAGUCACGGACUCAACCUGAAGGGGAGCCACUGCCAGUUAAUGUCAAUCUUCCAAGAAGGUCUCGGAUUUUAGCGGCUGCGAGUGGAAGUGUUGCAGCCAUACAGUUUGGUGCUCUAUGCCAACAGUUUGCAGAAUGGGCAGAAGUAUCUGCUGUGGCUACAAAGGCAGCUUUACGCUUCAUUGAUAGAGAUUCACUUCCCACUAACGUAGUGCUAUACACUGAUGAGUAUGAACAGUCCAUUUGGAACAAAAUGGGGGAUCAUGUUCUCCACAUUGAGCUCAGUCGUUGGGCUGAUGUCAUGGUCAUUGCCCCAUUAUCAGCCAAUACACUAGGCAAGAUUGCUAUGGGACUAUGUGACAACCUACUGACUUGCAUUGUGCGGGCAUGGGACUACAAGAAGACAAUCUAUGUUGCACCAGCCAUGGACACCUUGAUGUGGACCAAUCCAUUCACGGAAAAAUAUCUCACAGACAUUGAAGACCUUGGAAUGGUUCUCCUUUCUCCUGACACAGAGACGUCAGUAUGCGGAGAACGUGGAAAGGGAGCAAUGGCCGACCCUUCUGAUAUUGACACCACUCUUAAAGUCUUUUUGGAGCCACCGAGUUCUGAUUCUGAUAGUAUGAAUGCGCAGGAAGAAUAAUCAUGAGCUUGUCAUUGGAAGACCUACACCAGAGUUUGACUUUGUACAUGCAACAUUCAUAAUUGUUCGAGGCUAAAGCCUUUGAUAAUGUAUAUGGGUGCAUAUAUGGGUUCUGUUGAUUAGGCUAACUACAACUCUAGUAGUAGUAGUAGUAGUAGUUUUGGAUUACCUGUUUCUGACUUUGUACAUGCAACAUUCAGAAUUGUUUGAUGAGGCUAAGCCUUUGAUAUUGUAAUAGGGGGCAUAUAUGGGUACUGCUUUAGGUAUGUUGAUAAGGCUAACAGUACGUCUAGAAUUAGUAGUAGUUGUUUAGGAUUACAUUUUUGUGAACUUGUUAUUUGAAUCAUUGAAUACAAAUUGGUUCUUUCAUGUGGUUACCUUA